GCUCCCUUCGAGUGGCUCUUGAGGGGUCUCAGAAGCCCUGCAGCCACAUUCCUGUGUAACUCACACCCUGCUUUCCAGACACUACUGGGAGCUUCACCACAAACAGAGUGAGGAUGCCAGAGCCUGCAAAGAAAACAGUUUCUGCGUUUACCAAGAAGCCAAAGACAACAGAGGUGACAGCCGGAAACACAGCUGUGUUUGAAGCAGAGACAGAAAAAUCUGGCAUCAAGGUGAAAUGGCAGCGAGCCGGCACAGAAAUUACUGAAAGUGAAAAAUAUGUCAUCAAGACAGAAGGCAACAAGCAUUCACUGACAAUUAAUAAUGUGGGAAAAGAAGAUGAUGUGACAUAUGCUGUAAUAGCUGGAAGUUCCAAGGUCAAAUUUGAACUCAAGGUCAAGGAACCAGAAAAGAGUGAGACAGUCACUCCUGCAGAAGCUGUUCCAGCCCCAGCUGCCUCAGAGUCACCUGCUCCACCAGCAGAAAGCAGCCAAAACACAGAAGUUUCAUCUGCUGAGACACAACCAGAAGAACCCCUGGACCCCAUUGGGCUCUUUGUGGCACGACCACAGGAUGGAGAAGUUACUGUUGGUGGAAACAUCACAUUCACUGCCAAAGUUGCAGGUGAGAGCCUGCUGAAGAAGCCAUCAGUGAAAUGGUUCAAAGGAAAGUGGAUGGACCUGGGAAGCAAAGUGGGGAAACACCUCCAGCUACAUGACAAUUAUGAUCGAAAUACCAAGGUGUACACCUUUCAAAUGGAAAUCAUAGAAGCAAACAUGACUUUUGCAGGAGGGUACAGAUGUGAGGUGUCUACCAAGGACAAGUUUGAUAGCUCUAAUUUCAACCUGACAGUCAAUGAAGCACCUGCAAGUGGAGACUUGGACAUUCGAGCUGCCUUCCGCCGCACUACUGAGGGACAUGAUGACGGGGCAGAGUUUAAUUUCAGCUCCCUACUGAAAAAAAGCAGCUUCCUGCGCCCCUCAAACCGAGGUGAAGGAAAAUCUGAAUCACAAUCUGAUGUUGAUGUCUGGGAUAUCCUGAGGAAAGCUCCUCCUACGGAAUACGAGAAAAUUGCUUUCCAGUAUGGUAUCACAGAUCUGCGUGGGAUGCUGAAACGCCUCAAACGCAUAAAGAAGGAAGAGAAAAAAAGCACAGCAUUCCUGAAGAAACUGGAUCCAGCUUACCAAGUAGACAAGGGACAAAAGAUUAAAUUAAUGGUUGAAGUUGCCAAUCCAGAUGCUGAUGUGAAAUGGCUGAAGAAUGGACAGGAGAUCCAAGUGAGCGGCAGCAAAUAUAUUUUUGAGGCAGUUGGGAAUAAGAGAAUACUGACCAUAAACCACUGCUCUCUGGCCGACGAUGCAGCAUAUGAAUGUGUGGUAGGGGAUGAGAAGAGCUUCACAGAAUUAUUUGUAAAAGAACCUCCAAUCCUGAUCACUCACCCACUGGAGGACCAGAUGGUGAUGGUUGGAGAGAGAGUGGAGUUCGAGUGUGAAGUAUCUGAGGAAGGAGCUACUGUGAAAUGGGAAAAGGAUGGAGUUGAACUGACACGGGAAGAGACAUUUAAAUACCGAUUCAAGAAAGAUGGGAAAAAACAGUAUCUCAUCAUUAAUGAGUCAACCAAGGAGGACAGUGGACACUACACCGUGAAGACCAACGGUGGGGUAUCAGUGGCCGAACUGAUUGUGCAAGAGAAAAAGCUGGAAGUUUAUCAGAGCAUUGCAGACCUGACAGUGAAGGCACGUGACCAGGCAGUCUUCAAGUGUGAAGUCUCUGAUGAAAACGUGAAAGGAAUCUGGCUGAAAAACGGAAAGGAGGUGAUCCCAGAUGAAAGGAUAAAGAUCUCCCACAUUGGCAGAAUCCAUAAGUUGACAAUUGAGGAUGUAACACCAGAGGACGAGGCUGAUUAUUCCUUCAUUCCACAAGGAUUUGCUUACAACCUUUCUGCCAAGCUGCAGUUUUUGGAGGUCAAGAUAGAUUUUGUACCAAGAGAAGAACCCCCUAAAAUCCACCUUGACUGUCUGGGCCAAUCCCCUGACACUAUUGUUGUGGUAGCUGGGAAUAAACUGAGAUUGGAUGUUCCUGUAUCAGGAGAUCCAACACCCACUGUCAUCUGGCAGAAAGUAAACAAGAAAAACGACCUAAUUCGAAACAAUGAUGAUUCCAUGACUCCCUCAGAAAACAGCAGUGAUUUAAAUACUGAUAAUAAGCUCCUGUUUGAAUCUGAAGGCAGAGUCCGUGUGGAGAUGCAUGAAGACCACUGUGUCUUCAUCAUUGAAGGGGCAGAAAAAGAGGAUGAGGGAGUUUACAGGGUUAUACUUAAGAAUCCAGUUGGAGAAGAUAAGGCUGAUAUCACAGUCAAAGUUAUUGAUGUUCCCGACCCUCCAGAAGCUCCCACAAUCAGCAACAUUGGAGAAGAUUACUGUACUGUGCAGUGGCAACCCCCUAAAUACGAUGGUGGGCAACCAGUACUUGGCUACAUUUUAGAGAGAAAGAAGAAGAAGAGCUACCGAUGGAUGAGACUGAACUUUGACCUUUUAAAGGAGCUAACCUACGAAGCCAAGCGCAUGAUUGAAGGCGUGGUUUAUGAGAUGCGGAUUUAUGCUGUGAAUUCUAUUGGCAUGUCCCGGCCAAGCCCUGCCUCACAACCCUUCAUGCCAAUCGCUCCUCCAAGUGAACCAACCCACUUUACAGUGGAAGAUGUUUCUGACAGCACUGUUUCCUUGAAGUGGAGGCCCCCUGAGCGGAUUGGAGCGGGGGGAUUAGAUGGUUACAUGGUGGAAUACUGCAAAGAUGGAUCUACGGAAUGGAUUCCUGCUCUUCCUGGCCUAACUGAGCGCACGUCUGCACUGAUUAAAGAUCUGGUCACGGGGGACAAACUCUAUUUCCGUAUCAAGGCUGUAAACCUGGCUGGCGAGAGCGGAGCAGCAACAAUAAAAGAGCCUGUUACUGUCCAAGAGAUCCUGCAGCGUCCCAAAUUCUGGCUGCCACGUCACCUCAGACAGACUCUGGUGAAGAAAGUGGGUGAGACAAUCAACAUUGUGAUCCCUUUUCAGGGUAAACCAAGACCCAAAAUCACUUGGCUGAAAGAUGGUCAAACUCUAGACUCCAAAGAUGUGGGAAUUCGGAACAGCAGCACAGACACAAUCCUUUUCAUCAGAAAGGCAGAGCUUCAUCACUCAGGAGCAUAUGAAGUCACUCUGCAGAUAGAAAACAUGUCUGAUAAAGUUGCAAUAACAAUACAAAUCAUAGACAAGCCUGGUCCUCCUCAGAAUAUAAAGCUUGUAGAUGUUUGGGGAUUUAAUGCAGCCCUGGAGUGGACACCUCCCCAGGAUGAUGGCAAUGCUCAGAUCUUGGGCUACACAGUCCAGAAAGCUGACAAAAAAACAAUGGAAUGGUACACUGUUUUCGAUCACUAUCGUCGCACAAACUGUAUAGUGUCAGACCUGAUCAUGGGAAAUGAGUAUUUUUUCCGAGUCUUCAGUGAAAAUUUGUGUGGACUGAGUGAAACUGCUGCAACCACCAAAAAUCCUGCCCAUAUCCAAAAAACAGGCACCACUUACAAACCCCCCUGCUACAAAGAACACGACUUCUCGGAGGCUCCCAAGUUCACGCACCCCCUGGUGAACCGCUCCGUGGUCGCGGGGUACAACACCACGCUCAGCUGCGCCGUCAGGGGCAUCCCCAAGCCAAAGAUAUUCUGGUUCAAAAACAAGAUGGAUCUCUCUGGGGAUGCCAAGUACCGCAUGUUCAGCAAGCAGGGGGUGCUGACCCUGGAGAUCCGGAAACCCACUCCCUUCGACGGCGGCAUUUACACCUGCAGAGCUGUGAACGAGUGCGGGGAGGCUGAAAUAGAGUGCAGGCUGGAUGUCAGAGCACCUCAGUAAAACUGAAUCUCAGCUGAUCUGCAAGACAAG